AGACGCCACCACCUGAGGCGGGGAUGCUGCCCGGCCCAAAAUCUCCCGUCCGCUCGCCCCAUCUUUCUCCGGGCUUUUUCCACCGGGCUCAAGCCCUAGAAGGGAGGGGGUGCAUGGGAGAGAAAAAGGCAGGGAUUCCGAGAGGCGAGCGGCCCCCUUCCGCCCACGCAAGGCCUCCCCCGCAACCUGCUGCCCAGCGACUGCAGCCUCGGCCCCCUCGGCUCCCGGGCGGGCCGCGUCCACUUCUCCGCUACAGCCAGGAGCAAGGCCACCGAGGGGGGGGCGGGGCGAGUCCCCGUCGCCCGCUCACCUGCCGGGGCCGCGGGCGCCGACGCUGCGGUUGCUGGCCGGUCGCCUUUACCCGCGUCCACGCAAGCCACCUGCGCCACCAGCUGCCGCAGAGGCGUCUCAACGGCCCGGAAUCGCAACCGCGCCGCCGCUGCCGCCGCCGUAGCUGCGCUGCUCCCGCGCGGCUCCCGCUCGGCGCCCGCUAGCACGAGGGCGCGACCACCUGCUUACCGAGAGAGGGGGGAUGAUGCAGCACCCGGCGAAGGAGAGAUGGGGUUUUACCACAUUGGCCAGACUGGUCUCGAACCCCUGAC